AUGCCAUCAUCACCCAAUGAUUCUUCAGCAUCACUCUCCAACGAUGAUGCCUCUCCUCCUCUCAAUAACAACAAUACAGUAACUCGAUCUUCUUCCUCUCAAAAACGAUCCUAUCAAUCCAUGAUCUCGGCUCUUUCUCUUUCACAACAUCAAGCAGCAGCAGAUCAAGAAGAGUCAUCAUCACCAACGACUACCAAUAAUAAUAAUAAUAAUAACACUACGAAUACUACGAAUGCCAUGGAUCAAUCCAUAAUGAGUAGUGGUGGUGGUGAUGGUAGUGGUACAACAACAACAACUCAAGAAGACACAUCUACAUCCAAAAAGAAGAGAAAAACAAGAAGUACUACCACUUCCUCCUCUUCAACAACAAGUACUUCAAAAUCAUCCAACAAGAAUUGUCGUGAUGAUUCUUCUCUCCGAUUACUCACUCGAAAAUUUAUUCAUCUCAUUGCAGAGGCUAAAGAUGGUGUUUUAGAUUUAAAUCAUGCUGCAGAGACUCUCUCUGUACAAAAACGAAGAAUUUAUGACAUUACAAAUGUUUUAGAAGGAAUUGGAUUAAUUGAAAAGAAAUCUAAAAAUAAUAUUCAAUGGCUAGGAACAGGAAUUGCAGUCAAUGCACCUGAAAAUUGUGAAGAAGUUAAAAUUAUUCAAAAUGAAAUUGCACAAAUUGAAUUUCAAGAAAGACAAGUCGAUCAAUUGAUUUAUCAUGUUCAAGAAUCACUUCGAUGUUUAAACGAAACAGAUCGUAGAUUAGCAUUUGUAACCUAUGAUGAUGUUUUGGAUAUUCCAACAUUAAAAGACAGAACAGUUAUUGCAAUUAAGGCUCCAUCAGGUACUACAUUGACAGUUCCUGAUCCUGAUGAAGGAAUGGAAUUGGGAAAGAGAAGAUAUCAAAUAUUUCUAAAAUCACCUGCAGAUCCUAUUGACGUCUAUUUGGUGGAUCGAGAGGAAGCUUCAAAUGAAGAGAUGGGUAUUUCUUCUUCUUCUUCAACAGCCACAGCAGUUCAUGCUUCUUUACCAUUUGAACAUGGUGCUAGUUUAAUGGAUCAUGAUUCUCUUCGAGGUGGUGGUAGUGGUGGUAUUGUUGGAUCAAGCGGAUCCACUCAUCAUCAACCAUCAACCAAUGAUGACUUUAUGUUUGAAAUGGAUUCAGGUGAAGGUGUUUCUGAUUUAUUUUUGUAA